AUGCCAUACAACAACGCGCCUAUCGAGCCACCGCAGGAGAUAACGGGUUCAACAGCCCUGCCCCUUGCCCGAGUCAAGAAGAUCAUUGCACAAGAUGAAGAUAUUGCACAAUGCUCUAAUUCCGCAUCGUUUGCAAUAGCCGUGGCUACGGAGAUCUUUGUCCGCUACCUGACCGAACAAGCACAUACCGUGGUCAAGUCAGAACGAAAGCCGCGGAGAAAUAUCGCCUAUAAAGACAUAGCCAACGCUGUAUCGAGAAUCGACAACCUUGAGUUUCUGUCGGACACAGUACCAAGAACCAAAACGUACCGCCAAUACAGAGAGGAGAAGGCCCGAGAAGCAGAAGAAAAAGCGGCCCCUGCAGGCGCUGUUAAUGGGGUCAGUGGCGAAAAUGGAGCCUCGAUCCUCACUAUGAUGAAGAACGGUUAUCAGAACGGUGUCAACGGAGUGAAUGGCUCAGGAGCUGAUGGUCCGGGAAGACCUCAAUCCUCGCACUCUCGGACACACAGUCAUCCAGAUCCGAUCAGAGACAUCGAGAUGAGCGGCUAG